AUGGAGAGCGGCCUCGGGCCUGCUGGGGUACUUCCUGGACUCUACCUCGGAAACUUCAUUGAUGCCAAAGACCUGGAUCAGCUGGGCCAGAAUAAGAUCACACACAUCAUCUCCAUUCAUGAGUCACCCCAGCCUCUGCUGCAGGGAAUAACCUACCUUCGCAUCCCAGUGGCGGACAACCCUGAGGUACCCAUCAAAAAGCACUUCAAAGAAUGUAUCAGCUUCAUCCACUGUUGCCGCCUCAAUGGGGGGAACUGCCUUGUGCACUGCUUUGCAGGCAUCUCUCGAAGCACCACCAUCGUGACAGCAUAUGUGAUGACUGUGACGGGACUAGGCUGGCAGGAAGUGCUUGAAGCCAUCAAGUCUACCCGGCCCAUUGCCAACCCCAACCCAGGCUUUAGGCAGCAGCUUGAAGAGUUUGGCUGGGGCAGUUCCGGGAAGGUAGGGACCCCGUUCCGCGACGUGGAGGAGGUGCGCGCGCUGCUGCCGCUGUGCAAGCGCUGCGGGCAGGGCGCCGCGCCCUCGGCCGCCUUCCCCGCGCCGCAGGCCUCAGUCUCCGACGGGAUCCUGCAGCGCCUGGUGCCGCGGACGCCCCGGGAAGCCCACCGGCCGCUGCCGCUGCUGACGCGCGUCAAGCAGACUUUCUCUUGCCUCCCGCGGUGUCUGUCCCGCAAAGGCGGCAAGUGAGGACCCCGCGACUCUCCCUCCCGACUGGUCCCCCGCGGGGGCCGUCCGGGCCUCCCACGGCCUCCAGGAGGGCCCGGAGCCUGUGGGAGCCCCGCCCCUGCCCCGCUUGUCUGCAGUAGCGUGUCCUCCGUCCGCGCGCGCCUGUGCUGGGCCAGCCUGCUGCAGCCACCUGGUGCCUUAGGCCGCGGGCUGGAGGCGGGGGCGCACGGCCCCCCCUCUUACAGGCGCGGGAGUGGGAGCGAGUGCGUGGGGGUUGAACGGGCCUGGAGGAUAUUAAAGAGACACAGAAGCUGCCUA